GCCAUCCCACCACGACCACCACGACCACCACCACCGCCGCCCUCGACAUCGGAGCCGCAGCAGCCGACCUGGCCGCCAACAUCGAGGCCGAGGCGAAAGCCAAGGUCGGCGAAGCCGAGGUGCUAGGAGGGGAGGUACCAACAGCACCUCCCGUCGUCAUUUCGACUCUCCCACCCUUCACAGCACCCACCAUCCCACCGCCACCCACCAUCGCCCCCAUUGCGACCCUCCCCCCUCCAGAAAUCCCGGCCAUAGCACCGAUCGCGACCGUGCCACCUCCAUUGCCCGCUGCUCCGAUCACCACCGCAGCGCUUCCCGGGCCACCUGCCUUUCCGACGCCCUUCCCGGUCGACGACGAGCAGGUCCUACAGCACCUCUUAGGCCGAUAUGAGGAGCUGAAGAAGCAGAGGGAAGACGUCUCGCAGCUCAGAUUCCAGGACUUGGCCGUCGCCUACUUGGCAGGCUGUGCCUCCCUCGUUCUUGGCCUUGUGGCCGUGAGAGCGGCCUGGCGAGUACCCCACCGGGACAACAGCGAUCAGCGGCCGCUGCUGCGAGAGCAGCGGGAGGUCGAUGUUUGA